GAGUUGUAGUUCUUUGUCGGAAUCGGCGCCCGAGGACGUCUGGGCGGGAGUGGAGGAGAGACUACAAGUUCCAGGGGGCGCUCGCGGGGCGCUCGCAGGGCGGUGGGUACGAAAGAGGAACCCGCUGGAUUGUGCGGCCUGCCUGAAGUGAAGCUGGGACCACUCCUGCACCAGAAUUGGAAAUGCCCAACUCACUUGCUCUUCCUGUGCUGCAGCAGCCUCUGCCAAGUAGAAAGUCUUCUUAGAGAUCUUGCUGUCAUCUCCCCAAGCAUGGCACUGCAAUGCCUCGUGCUCAUGACUGGCCUCCUGGUGGGCAUCACCAGCAAGUCCACAGAAAGCGAGGCCCAGCAACCCGAGUGUUGUAUGGAUGUGGUAGAUGUCAAUGCUACCUGCCCAGGCUCAGGCCUGUGUGGCCCAGGUUGCUACAGGCACUGGAACGCAGACGGGAAUGCCAGCUGUGUCCGGUGCUGGAAUGGGACCCUCCCGGCAUACAAUGGCUCUGAGUGCAGAAGUCGUAUGUCUUCUCCAAGCUGCCCACCCCAGUUCUCCUGUGUUUCACAGGGGUCCCCUUGUUCAGUAUGGGGAGAAACCAAGGAAACCACUGUCCUUGUCUCAACAGUGGGACCCACUUUGCCCAGGAGCACUGUCCAUCAUCUCUGGACAGGGCAUGCAGUUUCCCAUGAACAGAAGCACAGGGGCACCUGGACAGCCACAUUUUGGAAGUCCUCAUGUGGCAGCCUCCCUCUUCCUGGGAACACUCUUCAUCAGCACAGGCCUCAUCCUCUCUGUGGCUGGAUUCUUCUACCUCAAGCGCUCCAGUAAACUUCCCAAGGUUUUCUACAGAAGAGACAGAGCCCUUGUCCUGCAGCCUGGUGAAACUGCUGCGAUGGUCCCCCCGCCACAGUCUUCAGGCCCCUCUCUGGGACCUGACCUGCCUUCACACAUUCUAAAGAGACGGUGCCCUCCACACACACACACAAGUGAGAAAGCCAAGAUACGUCAGGCGUGAGCGACCCCCAGACAGAGACAGGGACCCUUCUGUCUUCUCUACAGCGGAGGCCCGCAUCAGCAACGUCUGACCUGGAGAGCCAACUGAGACUCCACCCUGCAACAACAGAAACCCAAGGCCGCCCUUCACUGAGCCCAGCAAACAGAGGGCCUGGGACUUAAGAUAGGCUGGAAUUGACUUUCAGCAACAGACAGAUGCUCACCCUAGCACAUGAGAUUCUUCUG